UGGGCUGGGAAAGCUUGGACUUGCUUACUUCCGGCGAGCGAGUGCUGCAAAGUGUCCGCUUGGGUUUUCUCGCCGUGCAAGAGAAGGAACCCGCCUCCCCGGCCUAGUCUGCGGGACUUUCCAAAGAGAAGCUCCCAGGGGAUGGGGCAGUGAGGCGAGGACUCUGCAUGCCUGCGGGCCGUCUGUCCCUGAUCUGGACCGCGCCGGUGUCGGGGUCUUGGGUCAGCGGUGGUUCUGAAGACUCCAGGUCCAGUCUGCCCUUGUCACCCUGCUUCUCUGCGGGACCCAUGAAGCCCCUCGUCAGUCUCUCCAGCUCUUGUGGCUUGAGGGACCGGCCCCUUCUGCCUGUUGUAAUGUUUCUGACCCCUGUUCUGACUUAAGUUUUUGGCAUAUGGAGAGAGAAGGAGCGGCCGCGUCUGGAACAGUAAGUUGCAUACCAACGAGCGCACGCAUCAAGAGAUACUGACCAGCAGCAACAACAGGCUUGACUAGUGUAACUCAGGCCAGCCUGGAGACACAGACAGCAGCCUGAGCUGGAAUGAUAAUGACAGAAUCUGGGGAAGUUAUAGACUUAGACUCUCCGGCUGAGACUUCCCAAGAGCAGGAGGACCUGCUGAUAGUGAAGGUGGAGGAAGAAGACUGCGCGUGGAUGAGGGAAUACCGCCCGCCCACCUUUGAAACUUUUUACCAACGUUUCAAACACUUCCAGUACCAUGAAGCUUCAGGCCCCCGGGAGGCCCUUAGCCAGCUCCGGGUGCUCUGUUGUGAGUGGUUGCGGCCUGAGAUCCACACCAAGGAGCAGAUCCUGGAGUUGUUGGUGCUGGAGCAGUUCCUGAGCAUCCUGCCUGGAGAGUUCCAAACCUGGGUGAGAGAGCACCACCCAGAAAGCGGAGAAGAGGCUGUGGCAGUGGUGGAGAACAUCCAGAGAGAACUAGAGACACGCAGACAGCAGACUGUGGCUUGUCCUGAAGAGAUUCCACAGAAGAUGGUGCCACUGGAAGUGGUGCAGGAGCCCUUGAGUCCUGUGCUCCUGUCCAUGGAGACCCAGACUAAGCAAGAGCCACAGAAACCUCAUCUUCUGGCAGAAAAUGGUGAGGACCAGCCAAUCAGUGGAACAGAUGUGGCCCUUCCCACGCUCCAGGUUGCUUCUCAGAAGGACAGCCAAGAGCUGACGGCCUCACUUCUCUCAGCCGGGUCCCAGAAGUUGGUAAAAAUUGAAGAUGUGGCUGAUGUGGCUGUUUCCUUCAUCCUGGAGGAAUGGGGACAUGUGGACCAGUCCCAGAAGCCCCUCCAUAAGGAUGACAAGGAGGAUAACUAUGCGAGUAUUACCUCCAUGGGUUACGAAUCCAGGAAUGACAACAUGGAACUCAUAGUGAAGCAGAUGUCAGAUGAAUCUGAAUCACACUGGAUGACAUCUGGAAGUCCUGAAAGAAAUGUUUCCCAGAACCCAGAGUAUGGAGAAGUUAGUGGUCUUCACAGCAUGGUAGAAAGGUGGCAGGUCAGCCCCAUUAUGGGGAAAUUGAGGCAGACCUCUUCCCAGGAAAGAGAUCUGGAUGCCAUCACAGACAUUCACCAGAAGCAAAACCCAACCGGUGAAAGAGGCCACAGAUGUAAUGACUGUGGAAAGUUCUUCCUUCAAGCCUCCAACUUUAUUCAACACCGGCGUAUCCACACUGGAGAAAAGCCCUUUAAAUGUGGGGAAUGUGGGAAGAGCUACAACCAGAGAGUGCACCUCACCCAGCACCAGCGGGUCCACACUGGGGAAAAGCCCUACAAGUGCCAGGUGUGCGGGAAAGCCUUUCGCGUAAGCUCGCACCUCGUCCAGCAUCACAGCGUGCACAGCGGGGAGAGGCCCUACGGCUGCACGGAGUGCGGGAAGAACUUCGGACGGCACUCUCACCUGAUCGAGCACUUGAAGCGCCACUUCAGAGAGAAAUCCCAAAGAUGCAGUGACAAAAGAAGUAAGACUACAAAACUGAAGAAGAAAAUGACAGAAUUUUCAGAGGCAGACCUGGAACUGUCAGGAAGAACCCAAAGGAAUGGUUCUCAAAAUCAAGAUUUUGGAGAAGAUCACGAACACCAAGGGAAGUUGGAUAGAAAGCAUCCAAUGAAAGGGACACGGGGCUCUUCAAAGAGGCUAAGUUUCAGUGAUAUCACCUAUGCUCACAAGAAGUCCACAGGAGAGAGGCCAUUUAAAUGUGACGAGUGUGGGAAAAGUUUCAUUCAGAGUGCACAUCUUAUUCAGCAUCAACGAAUACACACUGGUGAGAAACCAUUUAGAUGUGAUGAGUGUGGGAAGAGCUACAACCAGCGUGUUCACCUCACUCAGCACCAGCGUGUCCACACUGGGGAGAAACCCUAUACCUGCCACUUGUGUGGGAAAGCUUUUAGAGUGAGGUCCCAUCUUGUUCAGCAUCAGAGUGUGCACAGUGGGGAGAGACCCUACAAGUGUAAUGAGUGCGGGAAAGGCUUUGGGAGGCGCUCACACCUAGCCGGGCAUCUGAGACUCCACUCCAAAGAUAAAUCCCACCAGUGUCAUGAGUGUGGGGAGAUCUUUUUUCAGUCUGUUAGCCUCAUUGAACAUCAGGUACUUCAUAUGGGCCAGAGAAAUGAAAAAAACAGCCAUUGUGAAGAAGCGUAUAGUUGGAACUUAACUGUGGUUGAAGAUAAGAAGAUUGAGUUACAAGAGCAGCCUUACAAAUGUGACAUUUGUAGCAAAGCCUUUAGUUACAGUUCAGAUCUGAUUCAGCACUACCGGACUCAUACUGUAGAGAAAACUUCUAAUUGUGAUCUAUGUAGAGAAAAUGUUGACCAGUGUUCCCACAUCAAACAUCAAAAACCCUAUUCCAACAUGAAACCCCAUCAGUGUAAUGAAUGUGGCAGAAGUUUCACUCUCAAGUCCCAUCUUAAUCAACAUCAGCGAAUCCAUACAGGUGAAAAGCCCUUUCAAUGCAAAGAGUGUGGAAUGAGUUUCAGUUGGAGCUGUAGCCUCUUUAAGCAUCUAAGAAGUCAUGAGAGGACAGAGCCCAUAACUACCUUAAGUGUGUAGAUAUUCCCAUUUUAGUGCUUAUUCAAUUUUAGAGAAGCCUUCCUGAAGAGAAAUUCCACUCCUGCAAAGAAUGUAACAACUUCAAGUAUUUUUAUCCAGCUUACCAUCAAACCUACAAAUAAGUUGAAAUCCUUCAGUUAGAACUCAGCUUUUAGGAAAACCAGAGAAUCCAUAACAAAUGGGUACCUGUCUGCUUCCUCCAUUGAGAAAUGCUCUUGGAAACCAUCUUCCUGCUUGAGAAUAUAGACAGGAGAGACUCUGAGGAUAUGGCGAAUUAAGGAAGUUCUCCAGAUGGCACUUAUUCUUUGUUUGCAUCUCAGAACAUUGAUGCUGGGAAAAGCCUUUGAAUGCAAUAGAAUUAAAUUUGAUUUGUAUUUUCUGUCUUGUUUGACAGCUUAUCUAUUCAGGGAAGAGCACAGUGGAAGAGAGAACUCUUCAGCAUGUUAUAUCAGUUUUGGUACCUCAGCAACGAACCUUUUCUAAAAUGAUUACUCCAGUCAGUAGAAUGCUCACCACUGUUCCCAUCUUGAGUAUUAAAUCCUUGGAAAAGAAGUUAACUUAAGGUACUUGUGUUUUGGCAAAGCUGGGGUUCAGAGGCUGGAUGGUAGGAGUUUCUGCUGCCUUAUCUAAUCAACUUCUCCUUGAAACACGUUGUUCUACCUUAUCUUUGUUUCAAUUCUGUAGCAUCAAGGUUAGCUAGUAGAAGGAGGAAUUCAUUUUAUAAAUGCAGGAAAAGCUGUAUUGGUCAGUUACAUUUUGAGGAGAGGGGAGAGGAACCUUAAGGGGGAAUAGAGAAGACAGGUCAAACUGUGGACUGGUUUUUCUUGUUACCCACAAGAAUGAGGUCAGCCACAUCUGUGAAAGGAACUGAGUUGAAUUAAGAAUCACAUUCCAGGGGCCUGGGCAGUAGCACAGUGGGUUAAGCGAACAUGGUGCAAAGUGCAAGGGCCGGAGUAAGGAUUCCGGUUCAAGCCCCCAGCUCCCCAUCUGCAGGGGGGUGGCUUCACAGGCAGUGAAGCUGGUCUGCAGGUGUCUAUCUUUCUCUUCCCCUCUCUGUCUUCCCCUCCUCUCCAUUUCUCUCUGUCCUAUCCAACAACAACAGUUAUGAUAACAGUAACAACAAGUGCAACAACAAAGGCAACAGUGGGAAAAAUGGCCUCCAGGAGCAGUGGAUUCGUAGUACAGGCACUGAGCCCCAGUGAUAACCCUAGAGGCAAAAAAAAAAAAAAGAGUCAUGUUCCAAGCUGCAUGUGGAGGUUGCACUCUACCAUAGAAUAGUCCUGUGGAGGAGGAGGAAGAGGAGCUUCAGUUAGAGUCGCAACUGGAUUUGAAAAUGAACAAUGGGGCCAAAACAGCUCACUUGUGUAGUAUGCUGCUUUGCUAUGUGCAUGACUUAGGUUCGAACCUGGCCUCCACCACAUCGAAGGAAGUUUCAGUACUGCGGUCUCUUUCACUUUCUCCCUUUACCUCCCUGCCUCUACUUAAUAAUAAUAAUAAUAAUAAUAAAAUUAAACAAAAGUGAACAGUGAUGAGGAGCCCUGCACCUUGUGGAAAAGGGUUGUGGGAAAAUAUGACAAAAGACGGGUCGCUUUGAGUCUGUUUGCUAGAGGGCGACAGUGCAUUGAUUACUGCUUCUUUUGUCUGGAUUAAAAUAAAGAUCCAGUAAGAACUCU